UUACGGCCAUAUAAACAAAGGUAUUAACAGGUUCUGUUCAGUUCGUCCACGAGAGGCGCGAAAACAUCAUGAUUUACUUAGUGGUACUGAUAGUGCUCGUAUUGUUGUACAAAUACACUACAAAGAACCAUGACUAUUGGGAGAAACGAAAUGUGAAAUAUGAAAAGCCAAUCCCGAUUUUUGGAACUAAUUACAAGAACGUGAUGGCGAAGAAGAGCAUCAUAGAAAUGGCAACUGAAGUAUACAGAAAGUAUCCUACAGAGCCACUUGUAGGAAUGAUUAGAGGAACUACUCCAGAACUGGUGGUUCGUGAUCUAGAAAUAGUUAGAAGGAUUCUCAAUGUGGACUUUGCUUAUUUUUACCCUCGAGGACUGGGCAGAAAUCCAGAAAUUGAGCCAGACUUUUAUAACUUAUUUCAUGUCGAUGGUGAUUUGUGGAAGUUGUUACGUCAACGUCUAACCCCAACUUUCACAACUGCCAAACUAAAGAACAUGUUUCCACUUGUUGUACAAUGUGCAGAGAAACUGCAGAUCGUCGGUGAAGAUAUCGUCAACCGCGGAGGUGAGUGUGACGUGCGCGACCUCAUGGCGCGCUUCACCAUGGAGUUUAUUGGUGCCUGCGGCUUCGGGAUAGAAAUGGAUACCAUUAAUGACGAGAAUUCGCUCUUCAGAAAGAUGGGCACCAGAAUGUUUAAACCAUAUUUUAAGAGGUCUCUUUUGAUCGCUGCUUAUGAUUUAUUUCCGCAUUUUAGAACUGUAUUGCAAAAACUACUUCGUGACUUAGAUUUAAUUGAUGAUGUGACAGUGAUUGUUAAAAAUAUCCGCGAACAAAGGAAUUACAAACCAAUCGGACGUAACGACUUUAUUGAUCUACUUUUGGAACUGGAAGGCAAAGGAAAGAUCACAGGAGACUCUAUUGAGAAAAAUAAGACGGAUGGCAAACCAGAACAAGUAGAAAUGGAGAUGGAUCUGACUCGUAUGGCGGCACAAGUGCUAGUGUUUUUUGCUGCAGGCUUCGAGACCUCAUCAUCAGCAACUAGUAUUUUGUUACACCAACUCGCCUAUCAUCCAGAAGAACAAGAGAAAAUUCAGAAAGGUAUCGACAGGGUGAUGACUAAAUACAAUAACAAAUUGUGUUAUGAUUCCAUAUCUGAAAUGACAGCUUUAAGUAAUGGAUUCAAAGAAGCCAUGAGGAUUUUUCCUUCCUUGGGGACACUUCACAGAGUGUGUGCUAGAAAGUACACUAUACCCGGUUUGAAUGUAGCCCUUGAUCCUGGUGUGAAGAUUAUAGUUCCUCUUCAAGCCAUACAAAACGAUGAGAAGUAUUUCGACAAUCCCUCACAGUUCAUACCUGACAGGUUUAACGACCCCAAUGUAUUAAGACACAAGUACUCGUAUAUGCCGUUUGGUGAGGGACCAAGAGCUUGUAUAGGUGCUCGUCUUGGUGAAAUGCAGUCUCUCGCGGGGCUUGCGGCAGUACUACAUAAGUUUUCAGUGGAACCAGCAUCUAAAACACAGCGCUACCCUGAAGUGAACCACAGGAGUAACACAGUACAGUCCAUCAAGGGAGGCUUACCUCUCAAACUCACUCUCAGGAACAAAAAGAAGACUUAGAGAAGGUUUAGUUCACAAAUAUUUCUUGAAUGUUUGUUUUUUUUUUUUUAAUUUUUAAAUAUAUACGCUACAGUGCUGUCGUGUUUAUUUGCCCCGCGUCAUGAACUUUUGAGAUCUGACUUCGAAAAAGCUGUUAUAACAUUACAAGAAGUCGAAGUUUAGGUUUGAUGUGAUAUUUUCUACACUAACAACUUGUAGUUGAUGAGUCUAUUGGUCUGAAAUAAAUUAGAUCUAGGAUUGAUAAAAAAACAUAUUUGGGGUUGUCGUAUUACAGGGUGCAAUGGCUACCUUCCAGUCCCAGCAAUAGACCAGCUUCAUGUCAUCAAAAUAUUGCAUGGCAAAUGAUUAUAAGUACUUUCAAAUGCAUGAAAAAUUUUAGCUUUAUCGGAAGCCGAAAAAUGGAUCUAUCGUAACUUGCAAUUGAUUUUAUUAGAGACAUAGGGGCUAAUGAAGGUAUAUAUGAGCAUUAUGAGCCUUUAAAUACAAGUUCUGCUUAACGUCAGAACUUAAUAAAUCUCUUGAUUUAUGGAAUAGGGACAUGAUACUUACUACCUCACAUGAUAAGAUUAAUAUACGUGGCUGACUUCACCUCGGAUAUCUGAAAUGCCAGCUGUGAGUAAAGUAUUUAAAGGAGUUAUGAGGAUUUUUCCUUCCUUUGGGACCCUUCACAGAGUGUGUGCCAGAAAGUACACCAUACCCGGCUGAAAAAUAUCUUGAUCCUGAUGUGAGGAUCAUAAUUAAUAUUCUAGCCAUACAAAACGAUGUGAAGUAUUUCGACAAUUCAUAGUUCAUGUCUGACAGGUUCUACGAUCUCGAUGUAGGAAGACACAAGUACUCAUAUAUUUUGUUUGGUGAGGGACCAAGAGCUUGUAUAGGUGCUCGUCUUGGUGAAAUGCAGUCUCUCGCGGGACUUGCGGCAGUACUACAUAAGUUCUCUGUGGAGCCC